CGGACUGGCUGUGCCCACGAUGCCCUGAAUGCUGAGCGCAGUGGAAGCAGAGGAGACUGUGUCCCAUUAGCUCCUCCUCCCCCCGCAUCCCUUUAGUUUGGGUUUGUUUCUAUUUAUUUUGUGGCUGGGUUUGGGCAUGGCCUUGACUGGAUGUGAGGCUGCUGCAAUGUGGCUCCUUUGGCUCAAGCACCACUUGUCCAUCAACGUUUGGACCUUGCUGCUUUUGGGGAGCACCUGGCUACCGCUGGCGGAAGGCAGCCCCAAGUCUCCCUUUAGGACUUUCCCGGUUACAGACUGGAGCUUGACGCACUUGGUGGUCCACAACAAAACCGGGGAGGUCUACGUCGGGGCUGUCAAUCGGAUCUACAAGCUCUCCAAUAACCUCACGCUCCUGCGGACCCACGUGACGGGUCCCGUGGAGGACAAUGAGAAGUGUUACCCUCCGCCCAGCGUUCAGUCCUGCCCGCACGGGCUGGUCACCACCAACAAUGUGAACAAACUGCUGCUGGUGGACUACUCGGGGAACCGGCUGAUUGCCUGCGGCAGUGCCUCCCAGGGUAUUUGCCAGUUCCUGCGGCUGGACGACCUCUUCAAGUUGGGUGAGCCCCACCACCGCAAGGAGCACUACCUCUCCAGCGUCAAUGAGUCAGGCACCAUGUCUGGGGUCAUCAUCGAGGUGCUGAAUGGGCAGAACAAGCUCUUCAUUGGGACGCCCAUCGAUGGGAAGUCGGAGUACUUCCCCACACUCUCCAGCCGCAAGCUGAUGGCCAACGAGGAGAACGCGGAGAUGUUUGGCUUUGUCUACCAGGACGAGUUUGUUUCCUCCCAGCUCAAGAUCCCCUCGGAUACGCUCUCCAAGUUCCCCACCUUCGACAUCUACUACAUCUACAGCUUCAGCAGUGAGCAGUUUGUUUACUACCUGACCCUGCAGCUGGACACCCAGCUCACCUCGCCUGACUCCACCGGGGAGCAGUUUUUCACCUCCAAGAUCGUCCGCCUCUGCGUGGACGACCCCAAGUUCUACUCCUACGUGGAGUUCCCCAUCGGCUGUGUGCAGGACGGCAUCGAGUACCGCCUGAUCCAGGACGCCUACCUGACCAAGCCUGGCAAGGCUUUGGCCAAGUACCUGGGCAUCUCGGAGCGGGAGGAUAUCCUCUUCACCAUCUUCUCCCAGGGCCAGAAAAACAGAGUUAAGCCUCCCAAGGAGUCUGUGCUCUGCCUCUUCACGUUGAAGAAGAUCAAAGAUAAGAUCAAGGAGCGUAUCCAGUCGUGCUACAGAGGGGAAGGGAAACUGUCGCUGCCCUGGCUCUUGAAUAAGGAGCUGGGCUGCAUCAACUCGCCACUGCAGAUCGAUGACAAUUUCUGUGGCCAGGAUUUUAACCAGCCACUGGGAGGGACCGUCACCAUCGAGGGGACCCCGCUCUUUGUGGAUAAGGAGGAUGGGAUGACCUCGGUGGCUGCCUACGACUACAGAGGACAAACGGUCGUCUUUGCGGGCACACGGAGUGGGAAGAUCAAAAAGAUCCUGGUGGACUUGCCAGCCGAGAGGAAGCACCAAGCGCUGCAGUAUGAGAACGUUGUGGCCCAUGAGGGCAGCUCCAUCCUGCGAGACCUGGUGCUGAGCCCCGACCGCCAGCACAUCUAUGCCAUGACUGAGAAACAGGUGAUGCGGGUGCCGGUGGAGAGCUGCGAGCAGUAUGAGAGCUGCGAGCUGUGCCUGGGCUCCCGGGACCCCCACUGCGGCUGGUGCGUCCUCCACAACAUAUGCUCACGCAAGGACCGGUGCGAGCGGGCAGAUGAGCCCCAGCGCUUUGCCUCUGACCUGCGGCAGUGCGUCCAGCUCACCGUCCAGCCGAAGAACAUCUCGGUCACCAUGUCGGAGGUCCCGCUGGUCCUGCAGGCCUGGAAUGUCCCAGACCUCUCGGCGGGAGUCAACUGCUCUUUCGAAGACUUCACCGAGUCCGAGAGCCGCAUUGAAGAUGGGAAGAUCUACUGCAGCUCUCCUUCUGCCAAGGAUGUCAUCCCCAUCACCAGGGGCCGCGGGGACAAGCGAGUGGUGAAGCUCUACCUGAAAUCUAAGGAGACGGGGAAGAAGUUUGCCUCCGUGGAUUUUGUCUUCUACAACUGCAGCGUCCAUCAGUCCUGCCUGUCCUGUGUGAACGGCUCCUUCCCCUGCCACUGGUGCAAGUACCGCCACAUCUGCACCCACAACGCCGCCGACUGCUCCUUCCUGGAGGGACGUGUCAAGCUCUCCGAGGACUGCCCCCAGAUCCUGCCCUCCACCCAGAUCUACAUCCCUGUGGGCGUGGUGAAACCCAUCACCCUGACGGCCAAGAACCUGCCCCAGCCGCAGUCUGGCCAGCGCAACUACGAGUGCAUCUUCCACAUCCCUGGCAGCACCACCCGCGUCACCCUGCGCUUCAACAGCACCAGCAUCCAGUGCCAGAACACCUCGUAUUUCUAUGAAGGGAAUGACAUCAGCGACCUGCCAGUCAACUUGUCCGUGGUCUGGAAUGGGAACUUCGUCAUCGACAACCCCCAGAACAUCCAGGCCCACCUGUACAAGUGCUCGGCCCUGCGGGAGAGCUGCGGUCUGUGCCUCAAGGCUGACCCACGCUUUGAAUGCGGCUGGUGCGUGUCGGAGAGGCGCUGCUCACUGCGGCAGCACUGCCUGGCCUACGAGAGCAGCUGGAUGCACGCCAGCAGUGGCAACAGCCGCUGCACCGACCCCAAGAUCACCAAGCUGUCCCCCGAGACCGGCCCCAGGCAAGGAGGGACCCGUCUGACCAUCACCGGCGAGAACCUGGGCCUGAAGUUUGAAGAUGUUCGCUGGGGCGUUCGAGUCGGCAAAGUGAUGUGCAUCCCCAUCGAGAGCGAGUACAUCAGUGCUGAGCAGAUCGUGUGUGAAAUCGGAGAUGCCAGCCCGAGCAAGGUCCACGAGGCACGGGUAGAAGUGUGCAUCCGCGAUUGCUCACCCAGCUACCGGGCCACGUCCCCUAAGAGCUUCACCUUUGUGACGCCCACUUUCUCCCGUGUGGUCCCAGCCCGGGGUCCUCUCUCCGGCGGCACCUGGAUCGCCAUCGAAGGCAGCCACCUCAAUGCCGGCAGCAACGUCUCCGUGACCAUCGGGGGACGGCCCUGUGCUUUUUCAUGGAGAAGCGCCCGCGAGAUCCGGUGCAGGACCCCCCCUGGGCACACCCCCGGCGGCUCUCCCAUCCUCAUCAACAUCAACCGGGCAGAGCUGAGCAACCCGGAGGUGAAGUACAACUACGAGGACCCCACCAUCCAGAAGAUCGAUCCCGAGUGGAGCAUCAACAGUGGUGGGACGCUGCUGACCGUGACUGGCACCAACCUGGCCACCAUCAAAGAGCCCAGGAUCCGGGCCAAGUACUGCAGCUCUGAAAGGGAGAACAACUGCACCGUCUAUAACGACACCACCAUGGUGUGCUACGCGCCCUCCAUCGACAACCCUGUGCGGAGCCCUCCGGAGGUUGGCGACCGCCCGGAUGAGAUCGGCUUUGUCAUGGAUAAUGUCCAGGCCCUGCUGAUCAUCAACACCACCAACUUCGUCUACUACCCGGACCCUGUCUUUGAGCCGCUCAGCCCCACAGGGAUGCUGGAGCUGAAGCCCAGCUCUCCCCUCAUCCUGAAGGGCAGGAACCUGCUCCCACCGGCUGCUGGUAACUCCCGCCUGAACUACACGGUGUUGAUCGGAGACACUCCCUGCACCCUGACCGUCUCCGAGACCCAGCUCCUCUGCGAGUCCCCCAACCUCACCGGCCAGCACAAAGUUACGAUCAAGGCUGGAGGGUUCGAAUUCUCCCCGGGGACGCUGCAGAUCUACUCGGACAGCCUGCUCACCCUGCCCGCCAUCAUCGGGAUCGGCGGUGGGGGUGGUCUGCUCCUCCUCAUCAUCAUCAUCGUCCUCAUUGCCUACAAGCGCAAGUCCCGGGAUGCCGACCGGACUCUGAAACGCCUCCAGCUGCAGAUGGACAACCUGGAGUCCCGGGUGGCCCUGGAGUGCAAAGAGGCCUUCGCUGAGCUGCAGACUGACAUUAACGAGCUGACCAACGACCUGGACGGGGCUGGCAUCCCCUUUCUGGAUUACCGCACCUACGCCAUGCGGGUUCUCUUCCCAGGGAUAGAAGACCACCCCGUGCUGAAGGAGAUGGAGGUCCAGGCGAAUGUGGAGAAGUCGUUGACCCUCUUUGGGCAGCUCCUGAACAAGAAGCACUUCUUGCUGACCUUCAUCCGCACUCUGGAGGCUCAGCGGAGCUUCUCCAUGCGGGACCGCGGCAACGUGGCCUCCCUCAUCAUGACGGCGCUGCAGGGCGAGAUGGAGUAUGCCACGGGUGUGCUGAAGCAGCUCCUCUCCGACCUCAUCGAGAAGAACCUGGAGAGUAAGAACCACCCCAAGCUGCUCUUGCGGAGAACGGAGUCGGUGGCAGAGAAGAUGCUGACGAAUUGGUUCACGUUUCUGCUGUACAAGUUUCUGAAGGAGUGUGCUGGGGAACCGCUCUUCAUGCUCUACUGCGCCAUCAAGCAGCAGAUGGAGAAGGGACCCAUUGAUGCCAUCACAGGAGAGGCUCGCUACUCCCUCAGUGAAGACAAGCUUAUCCGGCAGCAGAUUGACUACAAAACGCUGACCCUCAACUGCGUGAACCCUGAGAAUGAGAACGCCCCAGAGAUCCCUGUCAAGGUGCUGAAUUGCGACACCAUCACGCAGGUGAAAGAGAAGCUGCUGGAUGCUGUCUACAAGGGAGUGCCCUAUUCCCAGCGACCCAAAGCCGGAGACAUGGACCUGGAGUGGCGGCAGGGCAGGAUGGCCCGGAUCAUACUGCAGGAUGAAGAUGUCACCACAAAGAUUGACAAUGACUGGAAAAGGCUGAACACUCUGGCCCACUACCAGGUGACGGACGGCUCCUCGGUAGCCCUGGUGCCCAAGCAGAACUCGGCGUACAACAUCUCCAACUCCUCCACCUUCACCAAGUCCCUCAGCAGAUAUGAGAGCAUGCUGCGGACAGCCAGCAGCCCCGACAGCCUGCGCUCACGGACCCCCAUGAUCACUCCUGACCUGGAGAGCGGCACCAAGCUCUGGCACCUGGUGAAAAACCACGACCACAUGGACCAGCGGGAGGGCGACCGGGGCAGCAAGAUGGUCUCCGAAAUCUACUUGACCCGCCUGUUAGCCACCAAGGGCACCCUGCAGAAAUUCGUGGAUGACCUGUUUGAGACCAUCUUCAGCACAGCGCAUCGUGGGAGCGCGCUGCCCCUCGCCAUCAAAUACAUGUUUGAUUUCCUGGAUGAACAAGCUGAUAAGCAUCAGAUCAAUGAUUACGAUGUCAGGCACACCUGGAAGAGUAACUGUCUACCUCUACGUUUUUGGGUGAAUGUGAUUAAGAAUCCCCAGUUUGUGUUCGACAUUCACAAGAACAGUAUUACUGAUGCCUGCCUAUCCGUGGUGGCUCAGACAUUCAUGGACUCCUGCUCAACUUCUGAGCACAAGCUAGGAAAAGACUCUCCCUCCAAUAAACUACUGUACGCCAAGGACAUCCCCAACUACAAGAGCUGGGUAGAAAGAUAUUAUGCAGAUAUAGCUAAAAUGCCAGCGAUCAGUGACCAGGACAUGAGCGCGUACCUGGCGGAGCAGUCGCGGUUACACCUCAGCCAGUUCAACAGUAUGAGCGCGCUGCACGAGAUCUACUCCUACAUCACCAAGUACAAGGACGAGAUUUUAGCUGCGUUGGAGAAGGAUGAGCAGGCCCGGAGGCAGCGGCUGAGGAGUAAGCUGGAGCAGGCGAUCGACACAAUGGCCUUAAGCAGCUGAGAAGGCGGCGGCGCGGUGCCAGCAUCCCGGGCAGCGGAGGCGGCAGGAGGGAGGGCUGGCCAGCGGCAGCCACGGGCAGAAGAAGACUUUGGGGCUGGGGCCAGCCGGACCCGCGGGAGCCGCCGCGCCCGCACGCUUCCCACGAACGAACAAGGAAACCUCACGCUUUAGCGGAAAAAAAAAAAAACAAAUCCCGAUGACAGCAGCAAGAUCGAUAAAACCCCCUGACACACACAUAAAUCCCCCAAUCCAACCGGGAUGCAGCAGGGACCUUGCAGAGAGGCGGUGCCGGGCAGAGGAGAAGGGGGUCGCCUGCCCCAUGGACCCGCUGGGCAUCCCUUGCCCGGGCAGAGCCCCUGAGCCUGCAAGAAAGGAGGGUCGGGACCAUGGGGCUUUCUAGGACGGCGUUUGGAUGUUGUUGUUACUUUG